GUUCAACUCAAUUAUUUCCACAUCAUGUAAACCUUUUAACAUCACUAGUCAUGGCAGGGAACACCAAACGCCGUAGCGAAUCUGUCGUUAUUCGAAGCCUGAGGCGCUUAAAAGAGAGUUAUUGGCCUUCUGGUGUGAGAGAGGUGGUUGUGGAUCACGGAGAGCAAGAACCCGUUUUUUUGGAUUGUUUACCGGUGGAUGUGCAGUUCCGCAUCAUGACCUUGUUGUCAUCUGUGGACAUCUGUCGCCUGGGAGCAACCAGCCGGUACUGGAGGGCCUUGGUCCGAGAUCCGCUGCUGUGGAGGUUCUUUCUCCUCAGGGACACGCCUCACUGGUCCUCCAUCGAUCACUUAUCGAUGCCACAAUUGGAGGCACCGGAAGCCCUGGUCAUGGCUGACGAUGCAGAAGAGGGCGAUUACGAGAGGACGGAAUCAAAAGUUGACUACAUGGCAGAGUAUCUGAAAGGAUGCCCGUCAUGCAGAAAGAGAUGGCUUCCUUCGUGGCCACCGUAUCGAGUGUUGACGGCGUUCCUGCAGUCUCUGGUGCCCUCAGCUGAGCCACGCUAUACUAUGUUCGGGCCCGGCAUGGAACAGUUGGAUGUCUCUAUAGUCACCAGGCUCAUGCACGCCUCUGAUGUUCUACCGGUGUCAGUCAUCCCAAACAGUCAGGUCAAUGGACCUUCAGUGAUCGGGUCUGGCAUCAGUUAUAUGUUCAACAACCAACACAAAUUCAACAUCUUUACUCUUUACUCGACUAACAAGGCAGAGAGGGACCGUGCAAAAGAAAAGAACCAGUACAUGAGUGGUAAACUCUUCAGUCUCGUAGGAAGCGAUGACUCGGGGCACCCAGUCUACACGCCGGCCCCUCAGGUGCAGCAGGUGUGCCAGGUCGUGGAAGGGGUCAUCUAUGUAGCCAACGCCGAACCGGGGAGAGGUGAAGGAGAGUCUGAGGGUUCUCAGAUUAGGGCCGUGCUGAGCUCCAAAUCCAGACCACUACUGGUGCUCUCGUGCGUCUCCAGAGAGGAAAGUAAAGCAGUCAGAACCACCAGCAUGGGAACCAGGCAUCGAACCCCCUGUGUUGAGAUGGCAAAGAGACUCAGCCUGCCCCAGUUGCCUAAUCCCUGGAUGGUGCAGGAUACAGUUGCAGAAUCCCUGUCGGGUCUUCUGGAUGGAAUUUCCUGGUUGCUGAGAUCAUCAGGUGUCAAAGUGUAUGGUAGCUAGCGUAACCCACUCGUGGGUAGGCGAUACUUUAGGUUCAGAAGGAAUUGAGUGGAGUGUUAUAAACACAAGAACAAAGUUUUUUUUUGUUUUUUUUUAACUCCGUUUAGCUGAUUAGUUACAACAAUAAUAAAGUGGCAUUUACUGAAAUAAACCUUUCGAAAUAAAAUAAAUUGUCCACACAUUUUGUUCAAAGUCUAAUGUGAGCCUAAAUCAGAAGGUCUGAUUCAUCAAACUCUGUUCAGUCAGAGUGGACUCUAGUUUUGGAUUAGUUGAGGUGUACCAGUCACAGGGGCUGACGUAGUCCUACCGCACUUAAGAAGGUAACGGUUGAUUAAGUGAACUGAAACCAUUGGACUUCUUCUGUGUGGGUCUAUAUGUAACAAAAACAAAACUUUACCUGCAUUUAGAAUACAGGCUUAGUCAUCAUUUUUAUUUUGGUACUGAAGUGACACUCCAGGUAUACCUCUAUGUUUUUUCCGUGCUAAAUUGUGCAACAUUAUUAGAACACAUCAAAAUAGUACUGAGUGUAAUUACUCAGCAUUAUGACAAUUAUCUGCCCUUCUCUAAAUCAAUUUCAAAUUUAAAUAUUACAUAUCAAAACUAUUUUGUUCCAAUACAGAAUACUCAAUAUAUCAGCAAAUUACAAAUAUCAAAUGGUUGUCUCAUUCCGAAAGUCAAUUUUGAUGGGGAAACUUAACUAAAUCAUUUUGAUUUAACUAGUGUUAAAAAGUUCAAUCCCUGAAAUAUGAGUAUACUUAUGGUGUCUUAGUUUGCAAAAUGAAGCGUUCAAGUCAUUGUAAUUGAGGAAAGGGCAUUUAUCACUUCGGUUCUAUACAACAUGACUUUUUUUUUUUUUUUUUUUCUUUAUCUGCGGGGAAAAUAAAAUCCAUAAUAAAUGUUGCACACGCCAUACAUUGUUUAGCCUGCGCUGUUUGUGUCCUGAUGCUUCAUAAGUGAGCCGCCUCGGUGUUUAGAGUUCACAAUCAUUUUGCCAGUCCUGACAAGAUAAUGUGCCUCCCUGACACUCUUUUGUUCUAGUUACCUAGGUGACCGCAAAUCUCUUAAAAUUAGCAACCUGCUUAUCAAAAUGUUCCAUAGCCUCCAUAAUCAUUUUCAUAGACAUGCGGGUUUGGUAACAGUGUGCUGAUUGACGCAAUUUAGGGGCAUUAAGGCCGACUGACUUGUGUUUUGUUUUUCCCCUGAUGAAUUUUAAAGGGAUGUAAUGGUGGAGUCGCUUGUGUGCAUGCAUGCAGUAGGACGACCAAAUAAACCUGUGGUGAAGCUAUAAUAGAACCUCUAGUGAUGGCAAAGAGGAAAGUGUAUGGCGAUAAUGGAACUUACUGCAACACAGGAAAGGGUCUGACUGACCAGUACAAGAUUAGCAAGAACAUUAAUUCAUAAUUGACAUUGUUAUCAAACAAAUGCUAAGGUACGGUAAAUAGGAUUCAGCUAGAAGCAUAAAUGGCUAAUGACUUGCAUGAAAAUAAUUAGGGAAUUUUUCUCUUGAAGUGUCUUGUCGGGCAUCUUCAGAAGGUGAGUAGUUUUACUCUAGUUUUAUUGUCUGGUGGUUAACCUCUCUUUAAACUUGUGUAGCAGGUCAUGUUGAAUGUUACUUAAAGGAUGUUCCCAGGUAUUUUUAUUACAUGUGAUGUGAAAUGCUUUCAUCAAAAUACAACGCAGAUCAAGAAUUAUAGGAUAUUGGACACUGUAUUUGUGGUCUCGCUGAAAUUAGCCCAUUUUUAGGGGCUGGCCUUGUCUAAUGGAAGUAAGCACCUGUAUACCCUGCUCCAUUAACUGCUGGCCCAAUAGUGAGUACAGAUUUUCUGAGCUUCUUUUCUGAGUGUUGCGACAAAAGCAGACCCCAGACUGAGCAAAGACAAAUUAAUUUUCAAGAGUCAAAGCAGCGGUAUGUGUAUGUGGCGCAUGGACACAUCACCAGCCACUUAAAAAAAAUAAUAAUAAUGAUGCAGCUUUGCUUACCUUUUAGGCUUUGACAUGAGAACAGCCUUGUCUGUUCUCUGUGGAUGUGGAUAUUUCUGCAUGAUAGUACCUCUAAUAUUUCAGAUAGUGUAGUCUGCUUGAAAGUGGUCCUGAAUCUUCAACCAGCGUAGUAGAUCAUGCAUUAGGUGGAGAACUUUGGAGGUUCAACUGUACUUGCUCGUGUGAAACCAAGGGUUACCAGUACGUACAUUGCCGGGAGUGUGUUUGAAUGUGGAGGCUUGCAGCAUGUCGGAUGGAUGAACAAACAACAGACCUGUCAUGGGUGUGUGUUAUGGUUGUUGUCUUCCCCCUGUCUCGUACACACCCGCUCCUGAGAGCAUCUUCCCCUCCUGUGCCUCGUUUACCCUAAUUACCCCAUGCAUUUAACCUCCUGUCUCAUUCUUUCUGGUCGCCAGUUUGUUGUACCUUGUUGUCACGUUCCAGCAUUCCUUUUUUCCACGUCACCGACUCAUUGUAAGCCUAGACUCUGUUCUGAUAAUUGACCUUGCCUUUUUGCCUCAUGUUUUUUUGAUACUGUUCCCUUUGCGGAUUGCCUGCCUGUGUACCGACCUCUGCCAGUUUAUUAAACCUCUCUUUUUGAAAGUG